GUGACAACGUCGCAGAAGCUUGACAAGAAGCACAUUACAACAGUGAGAACAAGUAAAUCAACAUGUUGAAGAGCCUCUUUGGCCAGAGCCACAGCCACGCCGGCGGCGACGCGCGGCAAGCGGCGGGCGGGAGCCCGGGCAGCCUCAAAGGCGGCGGCGACGCGGCUUCAGCCGCAGGCGGGCUGCUUUACAGCACCGACAGCAAGGUGGGCUCUACCGAGCUGCCGCUGGGCGGAGGCGGCAGCGCGGCAGGAGGUGGAGGGGGUGGUGGUGGUGGUGGUGGCAAGCAGGUUCCCCUCUUCCACCGCAUCAAUGCCCGCACCUUCCGCCUGCACCUAGCCGGCGGCGCCGCCCAGGCCGUCCUGGGGGCCGCCGCUGACGGCGCCGCCGACGGCACCCGCCACGACAACAGCGACGGCACCGGAGGUGGCGCCGGCGGCAGCGGCGGCAGCAGCGGCGGCGUCGGCGGCAGCGGCGGUGGCGGCGGUGGCGGCUCGGAGUCGUCCGCACUGCUGCUGCUGUUUCCAGCCAGCAUGCCCGAUCACGACGUCAACACGUGCGCCGCUGUGCUGUCAGACCUGGCGGCGGGGCGCGGCGUGGCGGAGCCGGCAGGCGUCGCUGCCUACUCGCCGCGUGGAAGCAGCCCCAGCUCGCCCACUCAGGGUGCCCGCGGCGGCGGCAACACCCCCAGCAGCGCCGGCGGCGGCGCAGCCGCCGCCUUCUCCUCGCCUUCCGCCGCCGCCGACUCGCACCGUGUGUUGUUCCAUGAUUCGGAUCCGGCUCGCAACCUUGGAUUCAAGGGCAGCCACCCUGUGCGGCUUACACACCUGGAGCGCAUUCCGCCGCCCUCCCUGCGCCAGCUGCACCUCCAGCAACAGCAACAGCAGCAACAGCAGCAACAGCAACAGCAGCAGGCGCAGGGCGGCUCGCAACAGCAGCAGCAGCCGCAGCACUUGGGCUACGGUGGCAGUAGCAGUGGUGGCGCGGCAGCAGCGGGGGACAGGGGGGUGGUGCGGAGCCUGAUGGGGCCGCAGGGUGUCACGGCGGGCAGCCCGGGCGGCACGCGUGCCGGGCGGCUGCAGGGGCUGGCGCUGGGCAGCGUGUGGGGCAGCGUGGCGGUCGCCAACCUGGCCUACGAGAAGGAUGUGCGAGUGCGCUACAGCCUGGACGGCUGGCGCAGCUGGGGCGAGGUGUCGGCCAACUGGGACCGGCGGCUGGGGCUGGGCGCAGACAACUUCAACUUCCUGGUGGACCUGGAUGGAGCGGCCGCGGGGCACGGCGUGUGUGUCCGCAGCACGCUGGCUGCCGGCCAGCACGUGACGCUGAGCCUGGCGGUGCACUACCUGGCUGCGGGGCAGGAGCACUGGGACAACAACGAGGGAGGCAACUACACAUUCGACCUGCCCUGCGAGUAAAGCGGCGUGAAGCGGCGUGAAGCUUGGGGUGUGGCGUGGCGUGUGGCGUGACGUGACGCGUGGUGGCGUGGCGUGGCGUGGCGUAGCGUGGGGUGUGGGAUGCAGCGCCAUGGAUGGGAGCUGGACUGGAUUGCAUUGGGUUGCAGGCUUGUGCGACGUGGGGGCUUGGGGGUCGAGCAACUGGUGUGGGUGGAAAAGAUGGUGAUUUGAUUGGAAUGAGGGCGAAUGCGUGUGGGAUACGGGAGGCCAGGUAUGGUUCUGAGGGCGGUGCGGCUGGCUCGAGUUGCAGUUGGGGUGGAGGCGGGAGGGGCAGACUGGGGCAGCGCUAUGCGGCGUGGCAGGACCACCGAACUUGCCUCUUGAACACAAUACAAGGACAUGCUGCGCAACGGCUGGCGCGGCAAUGGCCAUAUGAUGCGUGUGCGGGGGUGUGGCACAGAGGCACGCACAGGUGUGCCUGCGCCCUGACCUGCGCCCUGCUGUUCGGCGUGCGUGCAUGACCGGAGGAGCCUCGCGCCCUCAAU